AUAUAAAUAACAAAAAUGUCUUGGAAAAUUCUUUUAUUCUAAUUUCUAAAUAAUGUGGCCAUUCUCGCAUAUUUAACAUAUUUUAUUGCUUAAACAUCAUAAUAAUCUGACUAUAAAUCUAGAGAAUUCAUUCCCUAUUCCUACGUCAGGAAACAAAUGUAAUUAGUUACAUAAGAGUAAAAUUAAAUAAAUAAUGAUGUCGUCGAAGUAUAGGAUUCUAUGGAAUACCCUAUCAAGAAUUAAAUUUAAUAAGAGAUUUAUACAGAAGUGUAUUAAUGUACCAUUCCCUAAAGUAUUACCCAAACAAACUGCAAUACCAUGUACUAUUGGGUUCUCUCUGUUCACUUGGCUAGGAUUUCAACCAAAACUUAGUGCUGAAGAUGAGCUUAUUCAAACUAUCAAACACUGUGUACUUUUUAUUCAAAGAUUGCAAUAUGAUAAGGCUGAACAAUUACUUCACAUUGCAUUAAGGCAGGCCCAGCAGAUGAAUCACAAAAUGGGUGUAACAUACAUCUAUGAUGUCAUGGCUAACUUGGCAUUGGAAAGAGAACAACUAGACAAAGCCAAGCAGCUCUUUGUUGCAGUCACACAAAGAAUAAUGGCAGAUGGAGCUAAAGAAGAUGAUCCUAGAGUUGUACAUCUUAGUAUCAAACUGGCCAGAAUCAGCCAUUUGAAAAAAGAAUACUCAACAGCUCAGCUGGGUUAUGAUUGGUGCUUAGAAAAGCUACACAAAGCUAUGGGUAUAAAUCCUAGUGAUGACACUAUUAAAAUGCUUGCAGUAGCGGAGGACUGGUGUGGAAGGUUGUAUGUAGAUUGCAAUAAACUUGAGGAAGGCUUGAAAUUGAUGGUAAAUUCACUUGAACAUAUGCAGUCAGUGGGUGAUGUGGGUCAGGAACACUUUGUAGUGCAGUUGAAUGAUAUUGGAACAGUUUGUGUCCAGUUAGGAAGGACAGAUGAAAGCAUUGCUUAUUUUAAACGAGCUAUAGAAAUAGGAAAGCAGUUACCGGAGAUGGAAGAAUUAGGAACAAUGUAUGUUAAUUUAGGGAGGGCUUAUUUGAAAAAAGAACUGGUAGAGGAAGCCAGGAAGAGUUGCGGGUAUGGGUGGAAACUGGGGGUGCAGGCUAACAAUAAAGAAGUCAAAGAAGAGGCUGAGGAAUGUAUCAAAGAAGUAAGGAGUAUGAUGAGGUAGAAUUGUACUAGGAGUUGUGGAAUUCUACAUUUGUUACAAGGAUACCUGACAUCAACUGUAAUUUUUAUAAUAAAUUUUGCUAGCUGUCAAAAUAACUAAUUUACAAUAAAAUGCAUUUAUGCCCCACAGUUAAACACAAUUACCUCACGCAAAUGCUUGCUCUGUGUGGACCCAGCUAUUGAAUAUUAUAUUGUAUUCCAGUAUUGGCUUACGAAAAUCUUGAUCUAGGAAAACAGGUGUGUCCUGGACUAAAAAUUCUCAUCAAAUUCAAAUGUUGUGUUAAGUUAUUAAGAAUGUAUCGCAAUUUAAAAUAACCAAUAAUGAAUUUGUUUGUAAAGAAAACAGUACAUCAUCUAAAUACCCAAUAAUUUUGUAUAUACAUAACCUAGUUAUAUAAUUAAUAUUUGUAAAUAAAUUAUGUAAAUAAAAAGCAUAAUUAUAAAGAGAAA